AUGAAAGAAUGGGAUGAGAAAUGUUUACACAGGCUUUCACACUUCCAUUAUCUGGUUAACACAAUUAAUGGGAAUAUAAUUGGCAAUAGUAAUAUAAUUGGAAAAGCAGCGAGAACCAUUGAUAGAGCAGAAAACAUAGAUGAUAGUGAGUCAAAUUCAGAUCAUAAUGAGGAUGAGACAGAUUCGAACCAUGAUAAAGAUGAGUCAGAUUUAGAUUCUGAUGAGGAUGAGUAUCCUGAUAAAGACAGUCCAGAUAACAUUUGGGUAUUGCCUUCCAGAAAAUCUAUUGACAAAAUAAUUUGUGGCCCUAAAAAUCUACACAAAUCACAUCCGUCAUGUUUAGAAAUCAUACGCAUUGGAUCAAAAAUCAAGAAGCCAGAAUUGAUUAAGCAAGAAGAUUGGAACUAUUUAAAUUCAAGUGUUGAAUGUCCGCAUUAUAAUUUAUCAACUGAAAUUGAAGAUCUAUUCAGUGUACUAUUAGAAACUAAUUCAUUAAAUGAGUAUAAGAAGUGUCUUUGCAAUGCCACAUUUGACUAUGAAAACAAUACAGAGAUGAUAUUUGCAACAGACGUCAUGUUAUGGUUGUAA